UCUAGCUCGAGCUCAACGUAACGCAGCCAUGGAGAAUUAUCCCAUUCUGUUUGGGACGCAGCCCUCUUCUUCCACGUCCAAUUCAUACCACUUCAUGGCAGGAGCGAGCAGCCAUGACCAUCUACAUCACCAUGGUCAAGCAGCUGGCAAUAACACCGGCGGCGGCGGCGGCUUGGGCCAAGGCCUCUUCUCGGGGUCCAAGCAGGAGGAUCCCUCCGAAUCAAAGGAUGGUGGCGAUGAUCGUGCAGGAAGUAGCUCACAGGGCGGCGGCGAGGCGGACGUGGUCGUCGGGAAGAAGAAAGGCGAGAAGAGGGAGCGGCGGCCGCGGUUCGCGUUCCAGACGCGCAGCCAGGUCGACAUCCUCGACGACGGCUACCGGUGGAGGAAGUACGGGCAGAAGGCCGUCAAGAACAACAACUUCCCCAGGAGCUACUACCGAUGCACGCACCAAGGAUGCAACGUGAAGAAGCAGGUGCAGCGGCUAUCGCGGGACGAAGGUGUGGUGGUAACGACAUAUGAAGGCACCCACACGCACCCAAUUGAGAAGUCUAAUGACAACUUUGAGCACAUACUCACCCAGAUGCAGGUCUACUCAGGCAUUAACAACGUCUCCCAAACCUUUGGCAACCAACACAUGUUUCAAUGAACAUCACAUGCAUGGCUAAACAAUGCCUAUGCGCACUCGCAGAGAUUAUUUUGAUUUGUACAUUAACCCUAGACAUGUGAAAACGUAAAAGAGUAAUAAAGCAUGAUGCCAUAGCUAGAUAGGUGCAGGUUACUCAUGCGACUUUUUUUGCA